UAUCCGCCCUUUGCAGCUAAUCGAACACACACACGCACCGACACAGACACGCUCUCCUGGUCUUGCAAAGGCGCCCAGGCGCGGAGACCUGGCUCUCUCAGUAGAGAGCGCGCGGGGGCGCAGACGCGCACACACAAACACACACGCACAUGAACACACUCACACUCUCUCUCUCACACACACACACACCAGCCUGCGGGUUGGCCAGAGCCUUGCAAUCACAGAUCCCUAGUUGCAAGUAGCCAGAGACACCUAAGCAGGUGUCCACUAAUCACUACUUCCCCCAAGCACUUCGGCGAAGAAACGAACCGCGCCGGGUCGGUCCAUCCAUCCAGAUUUUUGUUCCCUUUUGCUCUCCAGCUUCAUCGUCUUAGUUAAAGCCAGAUCACGGGAGAAAAGGAGCCGGCGGGCUUCCGACUCCGGCGGCGGGCGGGUCAGCCCUGAACCCGCGAAGAGCUCCUCGCUCCUGCCAGCCUGCAGCUCGCCGAGGCAAGAGCUCAACCCGCGACAGACUUUUCCUGUCCCUUUGUGAUUGGGGGUUCUGAAGACCAGGAGAGCAGUGAGUGAUGCAGACUUAACUUCUUCUGUGGCCAACCCAUGGUGUCAUCCAAAGGUAAAUGUUUUUUUGGCUCCUUGGCUACUGACUAAAGAACACAAAAUGAAUAAUUCAACAAACUCCUCUAACAAUGGCCUGGCUCUGACCAGUCCUUAUAAGACAUUUGAAGUGGUAUUUAUUGUCCUUGUGGCUGGAUCCCUCAGCCUGGUGACUAUUAUUGGGAACAUCCUCGUCAUGGUUUCCAUCAAAGUCAACCGCCACCUCCAGACCGUCAACAAUUACUUCUUGUUCAGCCUGGCCUGUGCUGACCUCAUUAUUGGUGUUUUCUCCAUGAACUUGUACACCCUCUACACUGUGAUUGGCUACUGGCCUUUGGGGCCUGUGGUGUGUGACCUUUGGCUAGCUCUGGAUUAUGUGGUCAGCAAUGCCUCCGUGAUGAAUCUGCUCAUCAUCAGCUUUGACAGGUACUUCUGUGUCACCAAGCCACUCACCUACCCCGUCAAGCGAACCACAAAAAUGGCAGGCAUGAUGAUUGCAGCUGCUUGGGUCCUCUCCUUCAUCCUCUGGGCCCCAGCCAUUCUCUUCUGGCAAUUCAUCGUGGGGGUGAGAACUGUCAAGGACGGGGAAUGCUACAUUCAGUUUUUCUCCAAUGCUGCCGUCACCUUUGGCACUGCCAUCGCGGCCUUCUACUUGCCAGUGAUCAUCAUGACCGUGUUAUACUGGCACAUAUCCCGAGCCAGCAAAAGCAGGAUAAAGAAGGACAAGAAGGAACCUGUGGCCAACCAAGAUCCAGUUUCUCCAAGUCUGGUGCAAGGAAGGAUCGUGAAGCCUAACAACACCACCACAGCCUGCAGCGAUGACGGUCUAGAGCACAGCAAGAUCCAGAACGGCAAAGCACCCAGAGAUGCCGUGACUGAAAACUGUGUCCAGGGGGAAGAGAAAGAAAGCUCCAAUGACUCCACCUCAGUCAGUGCGGUCGCUUCUAACAUGAUAUAUGAUGAAAUCACCCAGGAUGAAAACACAAUUUCCACUUCCCUGGGCUAUUCCAAAGAAGAGAACUCAAAGCAAACAUGCAUCAAAGUUGUCACCAAGACCCAAAAAGGAGACUCGUGUACCCCAACUAAUACCGCUGUGGAGCUCGUUGGUUCAUCGGGUCAGAAUGGAGAUGAGAAACAGAAUAUGUUAGCUCGCAAGAUCGUGAAGAUGACCAAGCAACCUGCCAAAAAGAAGCCCCCGCCUUCCCGGGAAAAGAAAGUGACCAGGACGAUCUUGGCUAUUCUGCUGGCUUUCAUCAUCACCUGGGCACCAUACAACGUCAUGGUGCUCAUCAACACCUUCUGUGCACCCUGUAUCCCCAACACAGUGUGGACAAUUGGUUACUGGCUCUGCUACAUCAACAGCACCAUCAACCCUGCCUGCUAUGCACUCUGUAAUGCCACCUUCAAGAAGACCUUUAAACACCUUCUCAUGUGUCAUUACAAGAACAUAGGCGCUACCAGAUAAAACUCUGUAAAGAAGGAAGGCAGUCCAGGGGAGCUGGGAAAGAGAAAAAGGGGUGAAAAGAGCUCCUAGUUUUAAAAUCUGUCAUUGCACUUUAUAGUCUAAUUAUGGGAUGUGCAAUUGAGGAGCCCAGCAGUGACACUGUUAGGGUCCCUAUGCUCCAGUAUAAGAAAUUUGCACCUUAUAAAUACUACUAGGUUAGGAGCCAUGAGAUCAUAAAAGAGACAUACUGGAAUUGUGGAUAUAAGGAAGGAUCUACAUCUUCUACUUUCUUGAAGAAGGGCUUGUGAAUCUACAAUUUUGCUAGUCACAGCACAAGAAGAAUAACCAGCUUCAUUUUUUUUUCUCCAUUAUUUGGUUUCCAUGUAUCCACAUGAAGUUUAAAGGCAACCUUCCUAAGUCAACAUGGAGAUUUAAACAUAAAGAAAUCUACAUGACACAAUGAGAAAGAAAACCGAAAAAUGCUGUAGAAACAAUCUCCAUAGUGUUAAGUAUAUAUUAUUCUUUUGUUGCGGUUUUAUUUGGAAAAUGACAUUAUAAAUGCUAUUUUUUUAGCAAUCCUUUUUUCCAACCAUUAAGAAAGAAAGCGAACAAAAAGACAAACAACCCUUCCACCCUCACCCUAACUAGAACACAUCACCGCUUUUGUCAUGAUGGCACUAUGACAUGAGUUUGUACUUCUCUGUUCCACGUGUGUAAAGAGGAAAUGUGCAGGACUUUCCCUAGAUACAGUCAUGGAAAUGGGCAUUUCACCCUUUGUCCACUUCAUCCUUUGCAUUCCUUGGGAGUAUAAAUGCCUACAAGGAUUGAAUUCACUUUGGAUCCUUUAUGAGAAAUGAUUUGAUUUCUCCUCAAAUAGCCUCUUAUUUUAAUAGGAUAGCCUAACUAAUACGCAAACAUGCUUCAGAAACCAAAGCCAUUUUUGAAAUUAAGGUUUCAUCCAAUUAAGUCAUGGUCAUUCUGAUGUGAGAAAGUUUACUGAGGCCAGAUGAAUUCUGAAAUAAGGAAACAAAAGGUUGAAAGGGCAUUUUGUUUCAACCUGAACCUACCUGACCCAUGUAUAAAAUGCUAACUUGUAAAACAUGAACUCUUGGCCUUUGUCAGCAGAAAGAAGAUGUUGCUUUAUUCAUUAGGAAUCCUAAAUAGGAUUUCCAUACUCACAUGGCACCAGUGACUUCUGGGUCAGCCUCAAGAGAUUAAGACCAUCUCUUCAAUGCCUGCUAAAGUAUAAUAUUCAAUUUAGAGUCCUCUGAGAUUGUUUAUAACCAUCCUAUGAUGCUGUGGAGGGGGAAAAGGAUUAAUUCAAAUUUACUGAAAACACAUGUUGUGUAUUCCUCAAAUUGUCAAUUUCCCCUAAGCUUUUUAACUCUAACAUUCUACCAAGAGAAGUCUAGCAAACUUCCUGAUGGAAAUGUAGUAGAUAACUAAACACAGGCCAUCUGAGCUUCGAUGAAUCUAAAAGAAUAAUUUAGGUGAUUGUGCCUUUGUCAUUUUUUACCAUUUCUCUAGUCCUAGCCCAUGAAAAUUAAAUCCAUAACACACACUGUUAUCCAAUAGUGGCUUUAUAAAGAAUUUUGUCAUGUUUAGUGUUUUUAUUUGUUAUCACAACGAAACUUGAACUACAUUGAUUCACAUUUAAAAUUAAUUCUUUUCACCUCAGCUUUUUUUUUCCAUAUUUAUUAUAGCUCUCCAAACAGAUUGUCUAAAGAUGACCCAAUCGAUAGAAAUCAAGAUUAUAAAAGUAUUUCCAAAUUUCCAUAUUUUGCAUUUUAGGUUUAUGGGCUUUAUGACAUCUUGCCAGUAUGACAUCGUGCCGGUAACAUCAAUAUGAAUUGCAUGAUGAUUUGUCAGUAUGAUGUCUUUAGGCCAUUGUGUGUGACUUGCUCCAUUUUGAGAUUUUUUUUAAAAAAGCACAAGGUAAGCAACAACAGAAAAAAACAGUAAGAAGCAAAUUGCCAACAGUAUUUGUGUUUCAUUUAUCCUUUAUUAAACUAUCUUCUUGCCCAAAUAACUUCAGUGCUUUUCCCACCCAAAUCUUCUAUGUAUACACAUAUAGCACCUGUUUAUAUAGAUUCCUUUACUCUACAGGUGCACCGAUGUAAACUUUACAUCUUAACUCCAUAUUUAUUUUUCUUCUUUGAAUCAAUGAAUAAAUCAAGUGAGAUGAAUAUCAAGUCAAUGGGCUGCUUGGUUUCCUGUAAACAAUAUAACUGGCCAGCUGGAUAUUUCACAUAUUAGCUUGUCGUACUGUAAGGAUGUAAAUUCAGCUUUAGUUAAGAAGAAUUCCUUAAUUUCAAAGAUUUAGAUUCUGGAUUUGAAUGUUUUUUUUUGGUCUUCUGUAACAAAUCAACACUUCAUCAGUCAAACUGUUUCUUCUCUCUACAACCAAUGCAUUGUCUUCUUCAUUUCCCUCAAUCUUUGCCAUUGUCACUAUGCUCUUUUUGAAAAAGAAACCAAAUAUUAAAGAAAGGAAUUAAAAGAUCGACACAUCAUCUAAGUUUGUCAACUCAAAUCAAAAAAUGGGAAGGAAAGAAUACUGAAAAUCAUAAAUGAUUAGAAAGAUAUGGAGACUGUAUUUAAAGAUCUCUGUUCACUACAGCUGGGAUUGUCUGUUUUGGUGACUCUCAACCAGGAACAGUUUUGCUCCCCAAGAGAUGUCGAACACUAUGUGAAGGAAUUUUUGAUUGUCACAACUCUGUUCCAGGAAGACACAUUGGCACAUGGUGACUGGAAGGAUUUGGUUCAAAAUGUCAGUAGUGCCAAAGUUGAGAAAUCUUGAUGUAUUUUAAGGGAUUCUAGAGUUAGCAUCAUUUAACUGGGAAAAGAAUCUUGUAUCACUAUUAGAAUAUCAAUGCAAAUUAUUCAUCUGUUUAAAAAGAUAAAGUUCACCAACUGUGUAUCAGAAACACAGUAAUUCAUAGAGCCCAGUGUAUUCAGAAAUCAUAAGAGUGAAAACACAGCCACAUCUACAUACCCAAAAUGAUGAGACCACUCACUCUAGCACAAUGAUUCUAACAUCUUAAUGUGCAGUUAAUAUCACUACUGAGUCCAGUCAACUGAGAUGAAGUAGUUAUCCAUUAAAAUGACAGUUGAUAGUUAGUUCUAUCGCAGCUGCCAUUUUUCCUUUAAAGUCAUGAAGAGUUUCUUACAGAAACAAUGUCUCAUCUCUUUGAUGGUCACUGGGAAGAUAGCAUCCAUCAAAUAUUUUUCUCCUCAUAGCAAUAAUGUAAAUAUACCAGAGUGGUCUUAGAAGAAGAGGAGACGAAGAAUGUGGGGAGGGAGAAACAGUUUAAUUUCUUGAAAAAAGAAAUGGCAGCACUUUUACAAUUCAUUGUUCAUUUAAUUCCAGCUCCCAGUGUUGGGAAAAGUCAUCCAUAUAAUAAUUAACAUGAGGUAAAUACUCCAGUUUGAUUGUAGAAGCUGGAGAUCCCAGAGAUCCUGUUGUUUAUCUAUUCAAGCUUUUUUUGAUCCUAAAGAGGAAAAAUGGGCAUUCAAAUGAUAGCAAAAUAAACUAAGAAAUGACACAUAAUUUUAUGUUCUCCUUAGUUCAUUGAUAGCUGCCUUCUCCCAGUUGAAUAAUAUCCCUUUCAACAACCACAGCAGUGUUGUUGCAAUAGAUUAGGGAAGCACCCAAAGCUGGAUGAAUUGUGCAAAGUGUAUUUGCAGCAUGUAUAUACCAUGCCAUGCCUCUUCAAUAUGCUUCUCUUAAAAGGGUGCACGCAGCAGCAUGAACUGUGUGCAUAUUAAGUGUAUCUCCUGGAAUAUGCUGUAUGCUUAAUAUACAUAUCCUAUAAAUAAAGUAAUGAACUGUAUAAUAGAAAUACAUAUUUCU